AUGUCCUCUUGCACACUUCUCCGCCGCUGCGUUUCUUCCAACUUUUCCCCAGUUUUGCAUUUACUAAUACGCUCCGCACCGCAUUUAUCUCAUCGCCUAUGCCCCAAAUCUUCCUUCCGAAGAAGCUUUUCCUCGUCGAGCCGGUUUUCAGCAGCACUUAAAUUCACAGACAAGCACGAAUGGAUUCGGGUAGAAGACGGUGGUAUCGGAACUGUUGGUAUCAGCAACUUUGCUCAGGAGGCUUUGGGGGAUGUGGUUUACUGUGGACUUCCAGAGGUGGGAACGCAACUGGCCCAACAAGAUGAGUUUGGAGCUCUGGAGAGCGUCAAAGCGGCCAGUGAGCUUUUCUCCCCAUUGACUGGGGAAGUGGUAGAGGUUAACGCGCUGCUGGCGGACAAACCAGGCCUGGUCAAUAAAUCCUGCUAUAAAGAUGGUUGGUUAAUGAAGAUGACCAUCGCCAAGCCUACUGAGCUGGAUUCUCUAAUGGACGAGGCAGCGUACGAGCGGUACAUCCGCUCCAUAGAGGACUGA